UCUAGUACUGUGAGCUUUCCUAUUCUCGUUUCCUUCCUGUUGUAUUCCUGCAAUUAUUCCUGUUUUGAUUCGUCUUUUUAUUCCUAUUUCUAUUCCUAUUCCUAUUCCUAUUCCUAUUCCUAUUCCUAUUCUUAUACGUAUUCCUAUUCCGCUUCCUGUCGAUGGACACGCUUUUUGCGGCUUGGAGCUAGAUGGUACCGCGAGUCGAGCUGGCAUGUGGUAUUCCAACCUCGACGAGUCUGGCAAGUUCAAAACACCAGAAAACGUUCGAAGCCGUCAUCUAUUCAAGCCCAAGCCGCGAACGACAUGGAACGAUGACUCGUGGCGGCUAGGCCAGUCUCCAGCGGCUGACCCUGCCGCGGGUGGGGGUCAGGUCAGGUCAAAGCACACCAUUCUCGAUUGAUCCGUUCCAUAAUUUGGCUUUCUGGCCAAGGCAUUCCCAAAACCGCAUUUCCAACGGUCCGCAUUGAAGCUCUGCUGGCCCGAUGCAGCGGCUGCUAGGAUGCAACAUCGGGGCCGGCGUCGGGGUCCUUGCCAGCCAGGCCUCCCGUCCAAGCCCCCUCACGCAGGCCUGGCGUCGAGUGGCUGGGUGCGCCAGCCGUUACGGACCCUCCAUUACCCCAAACUUGGGACCGAGUUUCAACGCUCCGAUCAGCGGCUACCAUCGCUUUCGGCCUCCGAGUGCGGACCAGAGCCUCGUCAGCGCCACGGUACAAAACGGGCCGCCGCCGUCCCCCCUUCAGACCGUCCAUAACUCCAGCCACCGCUAUCGCUGCCGUUCCAUUGCAUUCUCAACACCUGCCUCUGUCCAGUCUUACAGCACCAAUAUGGCAUCAGGUGCAACUCUUGCGGCAUCGGAUGCCACGCCCGCGGCCCCGGUUGCCAAUGGCAAGGGCGCCAGCGCUUGGGUCGGCCAUCACGGCGCCGCCGGCCUUGACUUCAGGAGCGACACCAUGACCACGCCGACCCCAGCUAUGCUCGAGGCCAUCCAGAACUGCACCCUCCUGGAUGAUGUUUUGCGAGAGGACCCAACCACUAACGAGCUAGAGGAGUACUGCGCUCGCAUCACAGGCAAGGAGGCAGGCCUCUUUGUGCUCUCGGGGACAAUGGGCAAUCAGCUCGCCAUGCGUGCCCUCCUGACCCAACCACCGUACAGCGUCCUCUGUGAUGACCGCUCACACAUUUACAAAUAUGAGGCCGGCGGCGUGUCAUCCUUGACUGGAGCCAUGCUCAAGACCAUCAAGGCGCGCAAUGGCCUUUACCUCACCCGCGACGAGAUCGCCGAGCAGGCUGAUCUGGACUCUGACGUGCACACGUGCCCGACGCGCGUCAUCAGCCUCGAGAACACGCUCGGCGGCCUCGUCAUGCCGCUGGCUGAGGCGCGCCGAAUUUCCAAGUUUGCUCGCGAGUCUGGCCUCCGAGUCCACUGCGACGGUGCCCGCCUCUGGGAGGCCGUGGCUUCCGGUGCCGGAUCGCUACCUGACUAUGCAGCCUGCUUCGACACCAUCAGCCUCUGCUUCUCCAAGGGUCUCGGCGCCCCUAUCGGCAGCAUUCUGGUCGGACCCAAGGACGUGAUAGACCACGCCCGCUGGGUGCGCAAGGCCAUCGGCGGGGGCGUCCGGCAGGGUGGAGUGCUGACCGCGGCAGCGCGAGUCGCCGUCGCCGAGACGUUCGGCCCGGAUCCGAAUGGCCAGGCGGGCCUCCUGGGCCACUCGCACAAGCUAGCCAAAGAGGUCGAGGCCAUGUGGGCAGGCCUCGGCGGCAAGAUGCAGGUCCCUGUGCAGACCAACAUGUGCUGGCUGGAUUUGAACGCGGCCGGGAUCAGCAGCAAGAGGUUCGCCGAGAUAGGCCGCGAGGAGGGGCUACGGCUGUCCAGCAACCGCCUGAUCAUCCAUUACCAGAUAUACCUCAAUAGGGACGAUGCCAUUCCCCGGCUGAAGCGGGUCAUGGAGCGGGCCAUGGCCGAAGGGGGCGGGCAACCUCUGGAGACGGGCGGAUCCAACGGAGGGUCAAAGUCACAGUACCAGAGCCAUUGAGGGUCUUGCAUCGGCAUCGAACCCGGGCCCUCGGGUACGAUACCUUCCGAAAUAAUUGGAGCGGAUCCGCACAGCCAGGUGAGACUGGACUUGCGAGUGCUCGAGGUUUGGAGAAGCAUCAGCUACAGAGAAAUGGGUCGCACUGAUACCACCUAGUCAUUUGUGGAGGAUGACAGGAAGUUAGACAACAUUCAUUCACUGCCACUGCUGUAGGCCUAUGCUGCAGAUUUGCAGAAGUAUUAGAUGCAGAUGCGUCGGUGGAGCUCUAGAUACAAAAACAAAAAAAAAAGAGAUUCAAUGCAGCGAAAGUGGCAGCCAGACUGCUCACCAACAAAUACCUACAUAUGUGUAUAGGUAAUCCACGGCACAAUUCUCGGGUGGUCUAGCAACCAAAGGCACAAAAACGGUAAAAGCUAGG